AUGCGCACGUCCCUUCGUGUCUUCCGCCGCGCGUCUGCCGCCCCGUGCGCCACGACCCGCGCCCUGACCACGUCGAGGCGCUCCCGUCUCACGCGUGACCGCCACAAGACGCAGACGCAGCCGGGGGCGGCCGUACUCGCUGCGGUGGGCAUUGCGGCCGUGAGCGGCUUCGCGUGCACGGAUUUGGUCAGCGCCCGAGAGCCGACUGUGGACAUUGACGCAGUGAAGAAGGAGAUCGUCGACAUCUGCGACGAGGACAGCGCAAUGGGUCCGACGUUUGUGCGUCUCGCGUGGCACUCGAGCGGCACGUUCGACCAGCGCGACGGGUCUGGCGGGUCCACGGGCGGCACCAUUCGGUUCAAGCCCGAGAUCAAACAUGGAGCUAAUGCCGGUCUCGACGUGGCGCUGAAGGCGCUCGAGAGCGUCAAGCGCCGGCACGCAGCGAUCACGUACGCCGACUUGUUUGUGCUGGCAGGAGUCACGAUGAUCGAAGAGAUGGGCGGCCCCGCAGUCCCGUUUCGACUCGGGCGUCCCGAUGCAUUGAGUGGGGAGGCACCGACGCAGACACCUGAUGGCCGCCUGCCGGAUGUAGACAAGGGCAGCAAGGAGAGCACCACGCGCCACGUGCGCGACGUGUUUUACCGCAUGGGCUUUGACGACCGCGACAUUGUCGCCCUCGUUGGGGCCCACGCAGUUGGCCGUUGCUACACGACGCGUAGUGGCUACAGCGGUCCGUGGACGCGCGCAGAGUGGACGUUUUCGAACUCGUACUUUCGUGAGCUACUGGAGAACACGUGGACCGUCAAGACGUGGAAUGGCCCCAUGCAGUACGAGGACCCGACGGGCGAGCUCAUGAUGCUGCCGUCCGACAUGGUGCUGAUUCAGGACCCGGGGUUCAAGCAGUACGUUGAGAUGUAUGCCAAGGACGAGGACUUAUGGUUCCGCGAUUUCGCCAAGGCGUUUGUCAAGCUCACGGAGAAUGGCGUCGAGUUUCCAGAGACUUCGAGUUGGGGUAAGUUUGUCGCAACGUGCAAGGAGUGGUUUGAGCCGGCAUCAAGUUAG